AUGCCUAAUUUAGUACCUGAAAGAUUGAAUGGUUUCUCACGAUACUUACAUUAUCCUGAAAUAGAGCAAUCAUGGACGUCGGAAUUAACGAAAAUGGCCGGAAAUACUUCCAAUAUUUUGGAGGAUAUGGAAAUCACCAUGGCAAGAAAUAUGUCUUCAGAUACUAAGGCUGUCUGUGCUGUUCUGACGCCAAUAAUUUGUAGUACCGGCAUCGUGGGGAACAUCCUUAGUUUAAUGGUCUUAACGAGAAAGGAAAUGACGUCAGUACCAAGUUGUUUUCUCAAGGCUCUCUGUGUAUGUGAUCUAUGUAUCUUACUGAUUCAAUUUCCCGAUUUUUUCAAGUUUAACGAUUCUCUGAUGAAAAUGGGCAGUUUUAUUGUCUUUUAUCGAUAUUAUAAAAUUGUUUGGUAUGUGAUAGCUAAUUACUUCCUUACGUGUGCUUGUUGGAUUAUCACAGCGAUGGCCAUAGAACGAUGCGUGUCGUUGUAUUUCCUCACUAAGACAAAAAUGAUCUGUACCAUUCUGAGAGCACGAGUGUCUAUCGGUGGAAUUACUAUGGUGUCGCUCGUUCUGAACUUCUUUAGGAUCUUCGAGUAUGUUCCUAACACGAAUCCUUCCCAUCCAGCGCCCUAUUUAACCACACGAUUUGGACUAAGUAAAGGAUACAUUGCAUAUAACUAUGCCGUGGGUAUCGUGCUUGUCAGUGUCAUUCCCUUGAUUAUGUUAGUGACUUUUAACAGUUUUUUGGUCUGUUAUCUCAUAAUGCACAGAAAACGUGUGGCUAAAACUGGACUGACUUCCUCUGUGGAUCCUGGUAGAGUGUCAGUCGUGGUUGCAACAAUGGUGAUCAUAUUUAUCAUGUGUCACUCUAUCGGAGUUUACGUGUCUAUGCAUAUUGCCUUAGUAGGCCGAGCUGAAACAUUACGAUAUCCUAUGUUCCACAGGUUAUCAGAUAUAAAUAACCUUCUGAAGAAUUUUAACACUAGUAUCAACUUCCUGCUAUUCUGUGUCAUCAGUAAGAAAUUUAGGAAAAUUCUGAAACGUGUUUUGAAAAGACAGAAAGAGGUAUUCACCAGCACAUUGCGAACUUAG